CUGUUUCCCUUCUGCUAUAUACUGCGCGAUGGCAUCGAGCUUGCCCCUUGCCGUCGUCGUCCUGCUUCUCCUCGUCGCAUCCGCCGUCCCGCCCACCGCUGGGGGUAAGCACAGCGGCGGCGCCAGGAUGGUCAUCAUCCGCCGCGGCCCGGGGACAACGGCUGGCCGCGCUGGCGGCGGCCGGCUCCUGGAGGACGAGGUGGCGCCGGAGAUUGGCGGCCUGCUUGGGGCGGGCGGCGGCGGCGGCGGCAUCGGCUACGGUGCCCUCGACAAGGACAGGACGGGGUGCCAGAGCGGCAACCAGGGGCUGUUUGGAUGCUGGCUGCCAGGCAGCUCCGAUGCCAGGCAGCAUCCCCAGGCGUUCGAUUUUGAUCGCCUGGGGCUACGAUUGAUUGCCUGGCAGGCAAGCCCUGGCCAGGGCGCCAUCCAAACGAACCCCCAGUGCGCCGCCCAGGCAGGAGGGUCCUACACCCGGGGCUGCACGUACAAUGACCGCUGCCCCCACUGA